AUCUGAAGUGUCAUCACUGAACACUGAUGGUUGAAUUAGCGAUUUAUAAUUUUGCAGUAACGUGAUGUUGUAACGUCACAUUAUUUUUAUUAAUAUAUUUAUUGUAGAAACGAAGAAAGCCUGUUGUAAAUGCUAUGAUAUAGGUAAACUUGUGUGUUAUGAAAACAGUUCUGUAAAAAUGGCAGAUCAAUUACUUAUUCAUGAUGAUAUUAAACUGUACACUACUUCAGACAAGUUCUACUUCGAACCAACAAUCAAUCCCACUGAAGUGCUGGUAAUUGAUAGAAUUACUGGCGAGGCCACUGUUAAAGACAUAAAUGCAGUAAAGAUCCCAAUACCGGCUAAUGCCUACAAGCCGGUGUGUGGCUUCCUUGGAUCCAUCAAGCUCAUAUCGGGAUUAUAUUUAGUUGUUGCUAAAUAUAGAAUACUGGUAGGUAAAAUAAAUGGCCAAGACAUAUAUCAGUUGGCCGGCACAGACAUAAUACCAUAUGCGCGGUCCAAUACACAUCUUACAAGCAAACAGGUAGAGGAUAAUAACACAUAUGAGCGUAUGCUGCGUUCGGCUUUGGAUACUCCUGGUAUGUAUUUCUCAUACGGCUACGACCUGACCCACUCUAUGCAGAGAUUGCAUUCGGUUGCACCGGAUUUCCAUAAGAUGUCGCUGGCUAGCCGAGCUGAUUCCAGGUUCCUGUGGAACGGUCACCUGUUGAAGGAGUACUCUCACCAGCAGUUCGCGAGGUUCGCUCUACCCAUCAUACAGGGCUUUGUGGCAGUGAAUCGUGUCAGUGUGAAGGGCCAUCAGCUGAUCUGGUCCCUGGUCUCCCGGAGGAGUGUGGAGAGGGCUGGCACCAGAUUGUUUACUAGGGGUAUCGAUGGACAGGGCAACGUAGCAAACUUCGUGGAGACGGAACAGAUCAUAGAGCGUGGUGGUGAGAAGUCGUCAUUCCUGCAGACCAGAGGUUCGAUACCGCUGUAUUGGAGCCAAUAUCCUGACCUCAAGUACAAGCCGGCUGUAGCUCUCGCUCCGGAGGAUCACGUGGCCGCCUACACCAGACACCUGCGGGAUCAGCUCCAGCGGUAUGGGAACCAGGUCCUGUUGAAUCUGAUCGAUCAGCACGGUAAGGAAGAAGCGCUGGAGCGUGGCUACCGCGCAGCUGUAGCAGCAGCAGCCCUUCCAGCUGUACGCUACGAGCCCUUCGACUUCCACGCGGAGUGCCGCCGGAUGCGCUACGACAGGCUCUCCGUGUUAUUGGAUCGCGUGGCCCACGAACAGACAGAGUUCGGUUACUUCGUGUCGCGCGGCGGGACGGUGCUGCUGCGCCAGUCGGGCGUGUUCCGUACAAACUGUGUCGAUUGUCUCGACCGCACUAACGUGGUCCAGAGCCUGUUGGCGAGGAGACAACUCCUGGCGGUGCUGAGGCUGCUGGCGGUCACCACGGAUGAUGACCAGGACACGCACUUCGAUAGCCUCUUUAAUUCGGUGUGGGCCGACCAUGCAGAUAUGAUCUCCACUCAAUACUCCGGCACUGGUGCCCUAAAGACAGAUUUUACUAGAACUGGCAAACGGACCCGUCUUGGUCUGUUGAGAGAUGGUAUCAACUCACUCACCAGAUACUACAAGAAUAACUUCAGCGAUGGGUUCAGACAGGAUGCCAUAGAUCUGUUCCUGGGCAAGUAUACAGUUGUUGACGGAGAGGGCAACACCGCACUAUGCCCACUGAGGAGACAACGAGACUGGAAGUAUUUUACUUUGCCGUCACUCCUACUUGUGGGUCUGUCCAUGAUGUUCGCGGGGACUCUAUUGCCACGUGGAUCGGGUCUUCUGAUGUACCUCAUGUUCUGGGGGGCAUGUGUAGGAGCCACUAUCAACUUUAUAUUCAGACAUGGUCCCGAGUUCGUGGACUGGCCACGACUAGAAGGCGUGAACCCUCGCAGGCCGCUGUCUUCUUUAUGAUAGACCAGCCGCUCCUAGUCGUCUCUGUCGUGUAGCACACACACAAACAUACAUAUACACACACAUACAACAAUAGAAGUGUUAAAUACAUUCAGCACGAUGGAUAUUGUGAUGUCCUCAUACAUACAAUAACCUUACAUAACAGUUCUUACAGAUGGAUUGCUAUAUGAGAUAAUUUGAUUUUGGAAAAAAGUUGUAUGAAUGGACUGAAAAGGUUUUAUAUUUACCAACAAAACCAUACCAAGAUUUAAUCGGAUUAUAAUAUAUACGGGAAAUGUCUAUUUUUGUUGUCAACACUCUUUGACCUCUUUAUAUCUGAUAAUAUAAAAUAAUAGACUCCGCUUCACAUUUUCAGAUCAUUACAAAAGACCUUUGCACUGUCACAUUAUCAAUAUUGCCAACAUAAAAAAUUUAAUAUUGCCAACUUCUUUGUAUUUUUGCACUUGUACAUGAAUUUAACGAAAACGUGUCUAAUACCUCAUAUUUUAGAGUACACUAUUGCUUAAGAGAUAUAUUUUUUCUGAUAUUUUCAUUGUGAUAAUACAGAUCAUAUAGAUUAGUCAAGCAAAAAGUGAUUGCAUUGAUGGAAACAGUUUUAAAAUUUAGUACUUUUUUUUAUACAUACAUAAAAACCGUCAGAAUAUAAAUUGAUUAUUCUUCUACUGUAUAUUGUAACUGCUUCUAUUGAUGAUAAAUUGAUGCGCUGGUUAUAUCUAUGUAUUAUCUGUAUGUGAGUGAUCAUUCAUUCCAUUUAUUAAAUUGAUAUAAAUUUUUUUGAGUAAUAUUAUUAUUCCGUCAAGUAUUUUUUAUCUGUCCUAAUACUGAUUGUGUUGUGAUGUGCACUACUAACCCAUGUGACAUAUUUCACACGGAUUAAAGCUGUUUUAUUAUGUAUUUUUCAUUAGAAUUUUUCUUGUUUUUUUUUUCUAUAUGGAAACUACAUUGAGCAUUUGAUAUUUUUUAUAUAUGUACCAUAAAAAAAUAAUAUUAGUGUUCCUAUGUUUGCUAUGAUAUUCAUAUAUAUGAUAAACGCUUUACAAGUACAUUUGUGUGAAAUAUAAAUAAAUCAGACGACUCGGGAGUGAGGAACAUCUUUAUGAUAACAUUGUUUACUGUAUUAUAUGUCUUAUGUUACGGGAUUAAAGUUUAUAUUACUUUGCAGAGUCUUUCGUGUAUAUAAUCAUUACUUCAUUAGGAUAUAUCUGAUGAAAUUGUAUUGAAAUUUGAAUUUUAAUUGUAUGUAUGUUGGAGUUCACUGCAAUUGUAAUUUAAGACAGUUUCCAAUGUUAUUUAUAAAGAUAUGUUAAUUUUACUAAUUAGUUAAUGUUGUAAGAAUUGUAUCCCAUUGAUUUUCAGUGGACGAUUUAAUGUAACUUAUUUGUAAUUUUUAUUAAAUCUAUCUCUAUUGUUUAUUUUAAUAAAGCGUCUGGUCUUA